AUCAGAACGAGGGAGCCUUGUUGUCACUUCCCUUAUCUUCAGCAUCCCUAUAAUUUCACCAUUACUUCAUUGCUAGGAACCUCUCGUUAUUCCUCUUUCCUUGAUCAUCUGGAGAUCUGUCUCCUUUCGCGUAUCAUGUUUGAUGUAGAUUGGGUUGACCCAACCCGGGAAACAGUGGGCCAACGGAAGAGUCGAAAAGAUCAGCAGUCAAAUGGCUUUUCUAGAUCCUCCUCCAUCCGGAGCUCAAGGUCCAGUGACUCUAUAUCCAACCCGCAGAAACCCUCUCUGUUACGGCUCUUCAGCAGCAAGAAGCCAGAUACCGGACGAGCUGCAUCCAAUUCGAAAUUGGCUUUUCAGGGCAAUGAGAGCAAUCACAAGUCGUCGAAAAGAAUGUCAACCUACACCGUCACCUCGGAUACGUCGAUCCAAGAAAUGCCUAAACUAACCGUAGCAGCUUCCCGGAGAUCUGCGAAUGCCAAUGACUUCUUUGCAGGACCUCCUUACAAUGCAGGCAGCGAUCGAUCAGAUCCCUCAGAUGUAUCCGUCUUUUCUGGAUGGACAGGUCGUACAGCCACCACGGAAUCAUCAUGGGGCUCUGUCUCGAGCCCAUCUUCAACCUCUAAAGGCCAGACCCAUAUUGUUCAAAAGUUGAGUCGAAAUUCACGCGUCACUCGGAGCACUGAGGUUACCGUAUCAUCGAACGAGAGCAUCUGUGCUGCAGAAAAGACAUCUACUAUCGUCCAUAUCUCAGCUGAGGGAACGAUGCCAGUCCAUCUUCACGAUUCGCCCUUCCAAAGAUCCCCGUCAACACCGAUAUCCCCACGAUCACCAGCUCCUUUGACGUUUGAAUUCCCAAUUCCGAAAUCUAGCUCUUCAGAUGAAGCUUCUCCCGCAGCUCCGGAAAAUAAGGACCUACGGCAAUCAAUAGGCUGGCCCAUGACCACGAGACGAAGAGCCGAUGCAUGGCAGCCGCCAGAAGCAUGGGAAUGCCAAUCGGACGGAAAUAUUCCCAGACCACCCCAACCCGGGGCUGUCUCUGGAUCAACCCGAAGGUCAAGAGAAAAGAAAGCCUCGCCACCUUCCUCCGAGUUCUUGCAUGUGCAAAAGAGCAUCAGGAAGAUGGAUGCUGCGAGCCCAAAGAUCGUAUUGGAACGUUUGAGGGAAGAAUGGGACGGAGUUGCCGAUGCAUCUGUGUAUCGGGAGUUGGAACUUGAGAAACAGUUGUGGAUGUUGAGUACCUUGAGGUCUCUGAGCAAGAAGCAAGACGCGGUUGCUCAGAGCACCCUAGUACCAUCCACACCAGGAACCAAGGUAUUGUCCCUAUACGAGAACCAUGCCUCGGCAUCCUUCCUCUCAGUCCUAUCCCCCGCCCCAGAAGUCCACCACAUCUCUCCCACCCCUCUCUCCCCCAAAUCCUACCACAACAUCUACCCCCUAACUAUCCCGGGGCCCACCCCCCAUGUCCCCUACGCCUCCAACAUCUUCACCUCCAUCCAUGCCUUCUCCCUCCCUGCCCUCCUCCCCGCCUCCUCUCUCCCAACCAUCCUCAAAGAAUGCCACCGGACCCUCGCCCUCCCCUCCCCAACCCUUCCCCCUCCAACCCUUCACCUCACUAUCCUCGACCCUGGCCCCCUCCCCUCCACGCUCGGUCCCCGCCUCCGCGCGUGGCUCGACACCCACCUCAUCCUGAACCUCGAGCGCCAAUUCCGCUGCAUCAACCCCUCUCGACUCUUCCCCAUUUGGCUUUCCGACGCCCGCCUCCGCGCCCAAGGGAGCACCAUCACCAGCGUGCGCUUCCUAGCCUCACCCGGCGAUCAGAGCUUCGUCAUCGUCGACCACGGCGAGCAGCGCCGCAGGGACGAUACCCGCGCCGAGCUCAAGAGCGUCCUGGGCCGUAUGCUGUGGCGCGAGAUGUGGGGCGCGUACGUCGAGGGCCGGAGCUGGUGGUGGGAGGACGUCGGCAUUGUCGAGGAGUGCGAGCGGAUGGGGACGUGCUGGGAGUAUGCAGUGAUCGAGGCCGUCAAGGAAGUCUGA